UGGCUUUUGUCACAAGGAAAAUUAUUUGACGGCUUGCUGCACCAGCUGAAGGUCGACUUGACGUAUAUAAGAAGGAGAGCGACGUUCCUCUGCUGCAGAAACAAUCCGGCAAAUUUGCAGACAUGCUCCUGUUUCUGGUUUUGACGAGUCUCGCAGCCCUGGCGCUGGCCGAUCUCCGGCCCGAGCCCAGGUAUCUGGAGGAGGGCUUGGAAAGAGUGGUGGGAGGUGAGGUGGCCAGAGCCAACUCCUGGCCCUGGCAGAUCUCUCUUCAGUACAAAUCUGGAAGCACAUACCGCCACACAUGUGGAGGAACCCUGAUUGAGAGAGGCUGGGUCAUGACCGCUGCUCACUGCGUGGACAGCCAGAGGACAUGGCGUGUUGUUAUGGGUGAGCAUGACCUUUACAGCAAUAGUGGCAGAGAGCAGAUCAUGGAUGUCGUGCAAGUUUACAUCCAUCCCGGAUGGGACAGCAGCAACGUCGGUAAAGGGUGGGACAUUGCUCUCCUGCGUAUCUCCGCUGAUGCCGUCCUGAACUCCUACGUCCAGCUGGGCUCGCUGCCUCCCCAGGGCCAGAUCCUGCCUCACAACAACCUCUGCUACGUCACCGGAUGGGGUCGCACCUCCACUGGUGGUAGCCUAUCUGCUCAGCUGAAACAGGCCUAUCUUCCUGUGGUCGACCACAAGACCUGCUCCAGCAGCAGCUGGUGGGGCAGCACUCUCAAGACCACCAUGGUGUGUGGUGGUGGAGGUGCUGAGUCUGGAUGCAAUGGUGACUCUGGUGGUCCUCUGAACUGCCUGGUUGAUGGAAGAUACUACGUCCAUGGUAUUGCCAGCUUUGUGUCCGGUUACGGAUGCAAUACUCCCAGGAAGCCCACCGUCUUCACCCGCGUGUCCGCCUACAUCGACUGGAUGGACUCGAUCCUGGUGUAAACAAGAGUCCUCCUUGCUGCAGGACACAGAGCACGUUUAACCCUGACGUCAUCUUCUGUGUCCCUGCACUUGUUUCGACCUGUUUUGCAAAAAAUAAACUUGCUUCAAAUUGUU